AAUGAAUGUUUCUCGAACGCAAAUACCAAAGGUUGAUAGUACAUCAACAAUUGAAGAAACUAUUCGUGAUAAAACUUUUAUAGAUCCAAAUAUUAAAGAUGCUUUCCCUCGAACAUCAUCAUUACAACCAGUAUUACAAACGAUCGAUGAAAAAAAUUGA